AUGGACAAAAUUUCCAAUUCUCUAUGGAGCUCAACGGAACAUUGGCAGCGGCUUGAUGAAUUAGGAGAAGAAAUGACUCCUCACUAUUUAGCAAUGAAGAUACCGAUUACAGUUAAGGUUAAACAAUCUGUUAGAG